GCGGCAUUUCAAGUUAAGUUCAACGCGGUUAGGUUCAGUUUCGUUUUUUUUAAAUAUAUCUAGAGCAAAUUAAAUAAAAGAUUGCUGUUUUAUGUAAGCGCAAAAUGAGUCGCAUUUUGCUAAUUUCAUUGCUUUUAAUUGUGACGCUAUUUGGCGGCUCACAGGCGGCGGCAUUUUCCGUACGCCAAAACCGUUUUGAUGAAGUUCCCGAACUGCAGACUCCAGCGCCAGUGGCUAGCCCUACGAAAACUACUAAGGAAGCCGAAACAGUCACCAGCGGUCUUCUGAAAAAAUGUCUGCCCUGCAAUGACGGUGUGAAAUGCGUGCCCCAAAUCCAGUGUCCCGCCCACGUUCGCAUGGAGAGCCAGGAUAAGCCGCAGAUUUGCGAUCUGCCGGCUGGCAAAUUCGGCUACUGCUGCGAGACGGGACAGAAUCACACUGCCCCCAGGCAGGAGGAGAGCUCCUCCAAGGAGCGGCGAUCCAGCAUGCCCACCAUUCUGCCGCCAUCGCUUUUGGAUGAGGCGCGGCGCAACUUCGAGCACCUGAUGCACGGUAUUGCCCAGAUUCCCGUGCGCCGCGGUUUUCCGGACUUUGCCCACGGCCUGGUGUUCCAUUCGACGGCCAAGGAUGACCUGCACAACUUCGCCAUCUCGAACAGUGCCAUCGAGCAGGUGAUGACCACCCAGUUGUUUGGCAAGAAGGAGCAGGUGCCCGUGGACGACUUCAUCACCAACAAUGUGCCCGUCAAGUUCACGGAGACUCCGUUGGCCCAGCACUGCCAGCCGCCAGUGGUUUGCCGGAAUAUCCGUUCGGUUUAUCGCAGUCUCGAUGGCACCUGCAAUAAUCCCCUGCCGCAGAGAUCGCUGUGGGGCGCUGCCGGUCAGCCCAUGGAGCGCCUGCUGCCCCCCGCCUAUGAGGACGGGAUCUGGACACCGCGUGCUCACUCCGCUGACGGCACUCCCCUCCUGGGCGCACGCAAGAUCUCACGCACCCUGCUCUCGGACGUUGAUCGUCCGCAUCCCAUCUACAAUCUACUCGUGAUGCAGUUUGGACAGGUUGUGGCCCAUGACAUUUCACAAACCUCUUCGGUGCGUCUUGAGGAUGGCAACCUGGUGCAGUGCUGCUCCCCCGAGGGAAAAAUUGCCCUGAGUCCGCAGGAAAGUCAUUUCGCCUGCAUGCCCAUCCAUGUCGAACAGGAUGAUGAUUUUUUCGCAGCCUUUGGAGUGCGUUGCUUGAACUUUGUGAGGUUGUCCCUGGUGCCCAGUCCCGACUGCCAACUUGGCUACGGCAAGCAGAUGAGCAAGGUGACCCACUUUCUGGAUGCCUCUCCGGUUUACGGAUCGAGUGAUGAGGCAUCUCGUAGCUUGAGGGCCUUCCGAGGUGGUCGCCUACGAAUGAUGAAUGAUUUUGGGCGGGAUCUGCUACCGCUGACAAACGACAAGAAGGCCUGCCCCAGCGAGGAGGCCGGAAAGUCCUGUUUCCACUCGGGCGAUGGUCGAACCAAUCAGAUAAUUUCCCUGAUCACCCUUCAAAUUCUGCUUGCUCGCGAGCACAAUCGUGUGGCAGACGCCUUAAGCCAACUGAAUCCCUCGGCCAGCGAUGAGUGGCUGUUCCAGGAGGCUCGACGCAUCGUGGUCGCCGAACUGCAGCACAUCACCUACAACGAGUUCUUGCCCAUCAUUAUUGGGCCGCAGCAGAUGAAGCGCUUCCGCCUGGUGCCACUGCAUCAGGGCUAUGCUCACGACUACAAUGUGAAUGUGAACCCGGCCAUAACCAACGAGUUCUCAGGCGCAGCCUAUCGCAUGGGUCAUUCCAGUGUCGACGGCAAGUUCCACAUACGCCAGGAGCACGGGCGCAUCGAUGAGGUGGUCAAUAUUCCGGAUGUAAUGUUCAAUCCUUCGCGAAUGCGCAAGCGCGAGUUCUACGACGACAUGCUGCGCACUCUUUACAGCCAGCCCAUGCAGCAGGUGGACAGUUCAAUUAGCCAGGGACUCAGUCGUUUCCUGUUCCGCGGGGAUAAUCCAUUUGGCCUGGACCUGGCCGCCAUUAACAUUCAGCGAGGUCGCGACCAGGGUCUGCGUAGCUACAAUGAUUACCUGGAACUGAGGGGGGCACCCAAACUGCAGGACUUUGAGCAAUUUCCGAGCGAGAUUGGCCAGAAGCUGUCCCGCGUUUAUCGCACAGCCGACGAUAUUGAUCUGUGGGUGGGCGGUCUGCUGGAGAAAGCCGUCGAGGGUGGCGUGGUGGGCCUGACCUUUGCCGAGAUCAUAGCCGAUCAGUUCGCCCGCUUCAAGCAGGGCGAUCGCUACUACUACGAGUACGAUAAUGGGGUGAAUCCUGGCGCAUUCAAUCCCCAGCAGCUGCAGGAGAUUCGCAAGGCUACGUUGGCCCGCCUGAUCUGCGACAACUCCGACCGCCUCACCCUGCAAGCGGUGCCAUUGGCCGCCUUCAUUCGGGCUGAUCAUCCUGGCAACCAAAUGAUUGGCUGUGAUGAUCCCAGCCUGCCUGCUGUUAACCUGGAGGCAUGGCGCACUUGAGAUAAUUUUUAAAAUGCCUUUUUAAUUUAUUUAUGGAGUUUUUAAACUGUGUUUUAUACUUACGAAUGUUCCGCCGAAUUGUAUAUCCCCAUUUUAUGUAACUGCGCGGCUUGCCAAAGAAGCCAAAAUAAAGCCGCGAUCGAUUAAGCUGA